AGGGGUCAUUGUCCGCGCACUGGUCCCGGCCAAGGCGCGUUCCUUCGCCGCGCGGCUGCCGCCAAGGCCCGGAGCAGCCGCCAGGAAGGCUCAGGCUGGGAGGCCCCCCCGAGGCCUGCUGGGAAAUGGCGGCAGGCGAGGCGGGCGCGUAGGUCCCCUAGGGCCUAGGGUAAGCGGCCCUGAGCGAGGAAGUCGGGCCCUAACGUUCUUUCCCAGGAGAAGGCCGAAGCGGGCCCACAGUACCGGGAAGGCAGGUCCUUCCUCCGGGGUCCGGGUUGCGACUGUGUGAGGUGACAAUUUACACACCCACCUUCUCUGUCCAGCGCCCUGGGAGUUCUCAGACGUGUAGGCCUAAACCACUCCUAUUGUUAGACUGACUGACUCAAGUAGCUUGAAGAGAGAAAGCUCUCAAAACCGGGGGUGGGGGCAGUUAAAUAAAACCCAAGGUGAGGGGGCAGACACGCACACACACACACAUGCGCGCGCCGGCAGCCGCGGAGGCGCGCGCUCACCCUCGAGCCUCCGACCGCGCGAAGCUCUAGGGCCUCAAGCGAGAGGACGCGGCGCGUGUCGCAGGUCGGCCUCGCGGAUCUGGGCCUGCGCGAGGUGCGGCCGCCCGCGUCAGGCCUGCGUGUGAGUAGCCUGCGCCGGGGCCGGCUGCCGGAGUCCGUUCCGGGCCGUUUGCAGUGAACCGCUUGGGUGGGCCAGGCCGGGAAACAGCCGUCACCGCCGGCUCUCGGUGGCGCGGAGUGAGUCGCCCGAGCAGUGACGGAAGAGCAGGUCAUAAAAUCUUUCAAGAUAUGGGAGUACAUAAAUGAAAACAAAAGGAGUCCUCGGAUGAAGAGAUUGUGGAAAAGACUGGGGAUGACCAGACAAAAUCUCUACGGUCUCUUUCAAUCUAACAUUUUACAUGUUUUUAAAAUCAGCUUUAUUGAGAGUUCCAGUCAAGAUGGCGGGUGCAGCCAUGGCUCGUGGUCCUAAGAAGCAUCUGAAGCGCGUAGUGGCUCCAAAGCAUUGGAUGCUGGAUAAACUGACCGGUGCAUUUGCUCCUCGUCCAUCUACCGGUCCCCACAAGCUGAGGGAAUGUCUCCCUCUCAUCAUCUUCCUAAGGAACAGACUGAAGUGUGCUCUAACAGGAGAUGAAGCAAAGAAGAUCUGCAUGCAGCGGUUCAUUAAGAUUGAUGGCAAGGUCCGAACUGAUGUAACCUACCCUGCUGGUUUGAUGGAUGUCAUCAGCAUUGACAAGACUGGAGAGAAUUUCCGUCUGAUCUAUGACACCAGAGGUCGCUUUGCUGUUCAUUGUAUUACACCUAAGGAGGCCAAGUACAAGUUGUGCAAAGUGAGAAAGAUCUUUGUGGGCACAAAAAGAAUCCCUCACCUGGUCACCCAUGAUGCUCGCACCAUCCGCUACCAUGAUCCCCUCAUCAAGGUGAAUGACACCAUUAAAGUUGAUUUGGAGACUGGCAAAAUUACUGAUUUCAUCAAGUUUGACACUGGUAACCUGUGCAUAGUGACCGGAGGUGCCAACCUGGGAAGAAUUGGUCUCAUCACCAACAGAGAGAGACACCCUGGUUCUUUUGAUGUGGUUCAUGUGAAAGAUGCCAAUGGCAACAGCUUUGCCACACGGCUCUCCAACAUUUUUGUUAUUGGCAAAGGCAACAAACCGUGGAUUUCUCUUCCCCAUGGAAAGGGUAUCCGCCUCACCAUUGCUGAAGAAAGAGACAAGAGAGUAGCAGCCAAACAGAGCAGUGGGUGAAAUGAUCUCUAGGUGUCAUGAUUGGAAGAGUCUUUGUCCCUAAUUAAAGAUAAUAUAGCAUGAUUAAAAAAAAAAACAAAACACUUCUCUAUAACAUUGGACUUAGGCUAAUGUUAGAAAAAGUCCUCUUCAGAAAUACUUCCAAACCAUCAUGAGAGGGCAGGCAGUUCUACUGCAUUCAACAUAAUGGAUUUAUGUAAACUGGUUAUCAUCACUCAAUUUCAAGGUCACAGAAGCUCCCUUAACUAUGUUUCACAAUUGUGUCUGUAACAGCAGCUCCAUAAAUGUUUUCAUUAAUAUACUAAUAGGAGCAAUUUAAAACCACAGCCAACUCACAGCAACACACACUAGUUAUGUGCUGUGAUAAUAAAACAUCUUCAAGAAAAUUUGGAAGAAUUCCAACUAUGUGUACAUAUAUAUGUAAAGCAAGAGCUUUUCAGUAUUUUGUUCAGGCUUCUUACUAAGCUGUAGUGCCUUAUAUACAUGUGCUGUCCAAUAAGUAGCCACAGCCACAUCGAGUACCUGAAAUAUAACACAGAUUUUGCUUGAGAUGUGCUGUAAGUUUAACAUGCAUACUGGAUUUUGAAGACUUAGUACCAAAGAAAGAAUUAAAAUAUCUCAAUAAUUGUUUAUGUU